GGGAUUUUUGAGUUUGCGCAGUUUUGUUAGCAUGGUUGAUGGCCGGGGGUCCUAACAACGAAAUAAACAAUUGAAAAGUAUUGAUAUUAUUUUCAAAGUAUAAUAUUUUACAAUAGUCUAGUGCCUGAGAUCUCUUUUUCUUUCAAAGAUGGGGCAUAUUCUACAUCCUUCAGAAGUUGACUACUACAUAAGUAGCUUUAAAACAUCAAAGCUUGAAGAAAUUGGCUCACUAGGAUGGUUUGGGAAACACAAAAGACUACUGCAGCUUCAACAGCAAAGCAUUCUAGAAGUCAAUGAAUCAAUUGUUGAAAGUGUAAAAGAGCUAACAGCUUUUCAUAAAAAAAUAAUCAACCUUGUAGAGGAGACAAUUUCAAUGUCCAUAUGGAGAGAGAAAGUAUUAAAGGAAUUGCUCAAACUUGAUAUAAAAAAGGAGUGCUCAUUCUUUGUCUAUGUAAUUAUGUUCCAUGAAACCACUGCCCUGGGUCUACUGCAAAACAUUCUUUACCAUCAAGAUGCAGCUGCUGAACUGGGAGACUUUGCAUUGGAACUUGUGGACUACUGUGUGGCUAAUAUAAUUCGUCUCACUACAAAUGAUAGAGGCGAUGAUGUGGAAGAUCUCCCUGUGCUGGAGCACCUAAAAAACAAAGAGAAGAACAUUGCAUUUGAUAUUGGAACCAAAUGUGUUUCAGUUCUGAGAUUCUUGAUUGAAACCUUGGCUGACCUUCCCUUAAGCAUAACAACAAGGAUCUAUGACAAGCAUGAUGUGCCACUCCUGCUGUGCCAACUAGUGUCUGUUUCCCCCUGGACCAGGAGCGACGAGAAGGGUCGCCUGCUGAAGUACGUGGACAGCAAGUGGCAUGAAAUAGCAGCCGCCGACAGGCAGGCGGUCACCGUCACUGAGGGGCAGGUGUGGCUCGCCCUCAGGCAUCUGCUGUUGGAUGAGAAGUGUCAUGCGCAUUAUGACAUUGACGCAUGUCGGCGCAGUCAUUUGCUCAAGUUACAGUGUCACCUAACCGAACCCGUCCUCGACCAGAUUGCACCAUUGGCGGAGCUGAAAUACUUCCUCAGUCGCCUGGAAAUAAUGGACCCUUCAUCCACACGCACAACAGACGCUAAAAAGCCGUUCAUCCUGGAGGUGAUUACCGAAUAUCGUAGCUCGCUGGCCGAUAAGCCGAGGAAAUACUUCAAGAAGUUGGCCCAAACUCAGCUGGAAGUUUUUGAAGGUCUCUUGCAAGAUGGCGGCGCAGUGGAUUUGGCCAAAGACAUGGCGGCUGCUUACGAGACGCUCGACCAGAUUGAUGCUGAGUCGGCGAAAUGUGGAAACUGUGGUGAAGUUGCUAAACGAUUCUGUUCCCGGUGCAAGCUGGAAUACUAUUGUGGCAGGGAAUGUCAGGUGAAGGCUUGGCCACGACACAAGAACAUCUGUGAGACAUAUGGCGAUAAAAUCAAGAAAUAAAUCAAAAUGUUCAAGACUAUUAGCUAGUCUUAUUCUUUCAAAAUUCAUUGAGCUUGUAUAAAAAUCAAUAAGAAUAGAAGUGAUGUUGGAUAUUUAUACUAGAAUAAAGUAAUAUCAUUAAAAUCCACCUGUCUCUGUUA